CCGCGGGCGUUGGUAGAGCAAUUCCAGAAAAGGUUUGCAGGGCAGGUCUGGGAGAACAAAGGGCGGGGGGAGGACCCGGCAUGUUUGUGGACUUGUUUGUGACUCAGUCCUUUUACACGGCGUUUCAAAGGCAGACCUGCAAGCCUUGCCAGGAAGAGAAAGAACUUGGGGGCGGGGGAGGCUCGGGCGCAGUAUUUCUGUCCAGCCUCGCUCGCUCGGCGCUGCCCCUCGGCUCCGGGCUCGCGCAGUGGUGUUUCAUUAGAGCCCUGGACACGGGCCACUCACCAGGAACUUCCCCGCACGGAGCGAGAUUUACGACCCCCCUCCCCCGGCGCUCGGCCUCUCAAUGUCAGGCAGGAGCGCCGCAACAUAAAAUGGAGCCCGGCCGGCGCGGCGGCGGCAGCCAGGCGGCGGGCUCCCGGGCGGCGGGGCCGCUGUUCCCGAGGCUCCGCGCUGCGCCCGGACGCACACGCGCGCCCUGACCGCGGACGGCUCCCGGCCGCCCCGAGCCGCCCCUCGCGCUGCCCUCGCGCAACUGACAGGCAAGACGGGCUGCCGGAUAUUGGCUCCGCGACAUGCCGAGGCUCCUCCCCAGUCUGGAUCUUUAUAUUUUGGGAGAAUUUCUUUGAACUCAGUUACCCAGCUCCGCGAAGGAGACAAGUUCCCACAGCCGGCUCGCCGGCGGAGGCGAGGCGAGGGCUCGCCCACCUUCUCUGCAGCUGCCGCGCGCCCUGAUUGUAUUCCUCUUCUCCAUCGUGGAGGAAAAUGGACUGACUUGGCUGGGGAAAAUGCUAGUUAUCUGGAUGUGACCGUGAAAAGAGACCGUGUGACUGGAGGAGGCAGAAGAGGAUGAGGAAAAGCAUUAUUUGAAGAGAAGACUAAACCUGCCACUCCAACCCUUUCUGCAGAUUGGUGCUGUUACUUCUGGGGUCCAUUUGCUUUUAUUCUCCCCCCACCCCAAAUGAAGAAACCUUGACUUGAGGGCCAAGAGACAGCUCCCUACAACCGUAGGACGCUUCUGGGUUGGAAAACCUUUUGGAUGUAGCGUUGGUGGAACAUUUAGACACUCUCCUCCGCAAAAGACACCAUGAAUUCCGUAGCUGGGAAUAAAGAGAGGCUGGCGGUCUCCACCAGGGGCAAGAAAUACGGGGUGAAUGAAGUCUGCUCGCCCACCAAGCCGGCGGCGCCCUUCUCCCCCGAAAGCUGGUACCGGAAAGCGUACGAGGAGUCGCGCGCUGGGAGCCGGCCCACCCCCGAGGGCGCGGGCUCGGCGCUCGGCUCGUCGGGGACCCCGUCCCCCGGCUCGGGCACCUCGUCCCCCAGCUCCUUCACGGGCUCCCCGGGCCCCGCCUCCCCGGGCAUUGGCACCAGCUCGCCGGGCUCCCUGGGCGGCUCGCCGGGCUUCGGCACGGGCUCCCCGGGCUCGGGCAGCGGCGGCGGCUCCUCCCCCGGCUCGGACCGCGGCGUCUGGUGCGAAAACUGCAACGCCCGCCUGGUGGAGCUGAAGAGGCAGGCUCUGAAGCUGCUCCUCCCGGGGCCCUUCCCCGGCAAGGAUCCUGCUUUCUCGGCUGUGAUUCACGACAAGCUCCAGGUCCCCAACACCAUCCGGAAGGCAUGGAAUGACAGGGACAACCGCUGUGACAUUUGUGCCACACACCUGAACCAGCUGAAGCAGGAGGCCGUCCAGAUGGUGCUCACCUUGGAACAGGCAGCUGGCAGUGAGCACUACGAUGGCUCACCUGGCUCGCCCCCACCCCUCUCGAACCUCCCCACCCUGGUGGGGUCCCGGCACGUGGGUGGGCUCCAGCAGCCCAGGGACUGGGCCUUUGUGCCCGCUUCCUAUGCCUCCUCCAACUACACAGCCUUCGUCACCAACAAGCAUAGCAGCAAAGCCAACAGCCUCGGGGUCAGCAAUGGGGCGGAGAAGAAAAGUGGAUCUCCAACACACCAAGCCAAGGUCAGCCUCCAGAUGGCCACCAGUCCCAGCAAUGGGAACAUCCUCAACUCGGUGGCCAUCCAGGCUCACCAGUACCUGGAUGGCACCUGGUCCCUGUCAAGAACCAAUGGGGUCACCCUGUACCCCUACCAGAUCUCCCAGCUGAUGACAGAGACUGGCCGGGAGGGCCUGACAGAAGCAGCGCUGAAUCGCUACAAUGCAGACAAGCCUUUGGCCUGCAGCGUCCCAGCCUCCCAGGGCUCCUGCGUGGCCAGCGAGACGUCCACAGGCACCUCGGUGGCCGCUUCCUUCUUCGCAAGAGCUGCCCAGAAGUUAAAUCUGUCUUCUAAAAAGAAGAAACAUCGACCCUCUACUUCUUCUGUUGCCGAGCCACCUCUCUUUGCCACCAGCUUCAGCGGCAUCCUACAGACGUCCCCUCCCCCGGCCCCGCCCUGUCUGCUGAGGGCCGUCAACAAGGUGAAGGACACCCCAGGCCUGGGCAAGGUGAAAGUCAUGCUUCGUAUCUGUUCCACUUUGGCUCGCGAUACCUCAGAAUCCAGCUCUUUCUUAAAGGUGGACCCUCGAAAGAAGCAGAUCACCUUGUAUGACCCCCUGACGUGUGGAGGUCAAAACGCCUUCCAGAAGAGAGGCAACCAGGUGCCUCCUAAGAUGUUUGCCUUCGAUGCAGUUUUUCCCCAAGAUGCUUCGCAGGCUGAAGUGUGUGCUGGGACCGUGGCAGAGGUGAUCCAGUCUGUGGUCAACGGGGCAGAUGGCUGCGUGUUCUGCUUCGGCCACGCCAAGCUCGGAAAAUCCUACACCAUGAUAGGAAAGGACGAUUCCAUGCAGAAUCUUGGCAUCAUCCCCUGUGCUAUCUCUUGGCUCUUCAAGCUCAUAAAUGAGCGGAAAGAAAAGACCGGAACUCGUUUCUCAGUGCGCAUCUCAGCCGUGGAAGUGUGGGGCAAGGAGGAGAACCUGCGGGACCUGCUGUCCGAGGUGGCCACGGGCAGUCUGCAGGACGGCCAGUCCCCGGGCGUGUACCUGUGCGAGGACCCCAUCUGUGGCACGCAGCUGCAGAACCAGAGCGAGCUGCGGGCACCCACCGCGGAGAAGGCCGCCUUCUUCCUGGACGCCGCCAUUGCCUCCCGCCGGGGCAACCAGCAGGACUGCGAUGAGGACGACCACCGCAACUCCCACAUGCUCUUCACCCUGCACAUCUACCAGUACCGGAUGGAGAAGAGCGGGAAAGGAGGAAUGUCUGGGGGCCGAAGCCGCCUGCACCUCAUUGAUCUCGGCAGCUGUGUGAAAGCUCUUAGCAAAAAUCGGGAAGGAGGCUCAGGGCUGUGCCUCUCACUGUCGGCUCUGGGCAAUGUCAUCCUGGCUCUCGUCAAUGGCAGCAAGCACAUCCCAUACAAAGAAAGCAAGCUCACCAUGCUGCUGCGAGAGUCCCUGGGGAACGUGAACUGUCGCACCACCAUGAUCGCUCACAUCUCGGCCGCGGCCGGGAACUACGCGGAAACCCUGUCCACCAUCCAGAUCGCCUCGAGAGUCUUGAGGAUGAAGAAGAAGAAAACAAAGUACACGUCGAGUUCCUCCGGGGGAGAGAGCUCCUGUGAAGAAGGCAGGAUGCGCAGGCCCACCCAGCUGAGACCCUUCCACGCCAGGGCCGCAGUCGAUGCGGACUUCCCGAUCCCUCACCUGCCCAGCGACCCCGACUACUCCUCCAGCAGCGAGCAGUCCUGUGACACGGUCAUCUACAUUGGGCCAAACGGCACGGCCCUCUCUGACAAGGAGCUCACCGACAACGAGGGGCCCCCAGACUUUGUCCCUAUCGUGCCGGCCCUGCAGAAGACCAGGGGCGACAGCCGGCCCACGGAGGCUGGAGAGGCCGCGGCCAGCAAAUCAGAGAGGGACUGCUUGAAGUGCAACACGUUCGCUGAGCUGCAGGAGAGGCUGGAUUGCAUCGAUGGCAGCGAAGAGCCCAGUAGGUUUCCUUUUGAAGAGCUGCCUGCCCAGUUUGGGGCAGAGCAGGCAAGCAAGUGUCCCCCAUUAAGCCAAGCAGCGGGGGCGAACCUGUUCUGUGAGUCUGAUAAGGAAGAUAACGAGUCAGAUGGCCAGCUGCCUGAUAGAGAAGGCACUGACCCCUUGGUCUCCAAGAUGCAGAGGAAUCACUCACCUGUCCCUGCUGCAGUGCUCGCCAACAGCCCCGCCCCUGCCUCGCCCAGGAGCAUCCCGGGCAGCAGCGGCCAGCACAGUUCCUCCCAGCUGGUGCAGAGCCCCAGCCUCCAGAGCAGCCGAGAAAGCCUGAACUCCUGUGGCUUUGUGGAAGGCAAGCCCAGGCCGAUGGGCUCCCCCCGGCUGGGCAUCGCCAGCCUGUCCAAGACCUCAGAGUACAAGCCGGCCAGCUCUCCUUCGCAGAGAUGCAAAGUCUACACGCAGAAGGGCGUCCUGCCUUCCGCUGCCCCGCUGCCAACCUUGAGCAAGGAUUCUGGCAUGGUACCUAGUGAGUCCCUGCUGCAGCCUGAGGUACGGACCCCCCCGGUGGGUAUGAGCCCCCAGGUUUUGAAGAAAUCCAUGUCUGCUGGGAGCGAAGGUUUCCCUGAAACCUCCGCCGAUGACGAGCAUCAGGCAGCAACUUCUCCAGAUUCCAAGAAGGAGAUCGUGAGCACCACGAUGGUGACAGUACAGCAGCCCCUGGAGCUGAACGGUGAGGAUGAGCUGGUGUUCACGCUGGUGGAGGAGCUGACCAUCAGUGGGGUUCUGGAAAACGGCCGCCCCACCAGCAUCAUCAGCUUCAACAGCGACUGCUCUGUGCAGGCCUUGGCCUCGGGCUCCCGGCCCGUCAGCAUCAUCGGCAGCGUCAGCGAGGACCUGGAGUGCUACUCCAGCAUGGCUCCCGUCUCCGAGGUCAGCAUCACGCAGUUCUUGCCCCUCCCAAAGCUGAGCCUGGACGACAAGGGCCGGGAGGCGGGGAGCAGGCGUUCCUCCAUCAGCUCCUGGCUGAGCGAGAUGAGCGCGGGCAGCGACGGCGAGCAGUCGUGCCACAGUUUCAUAGCGCAGACGUGUUUUGGGCACAGGGAAGCAAUGGCAGAUCCUCCGGCCUCGGACUUUGUCGGCAGCAUCCAGAACACCUCUGUGGUGUGCCGAGAGAAGCCCAAGGCCGGCCCUGACAAUUUGCUCAUCUUGUCUGAAAUGGGGGAAGACUCUUUCAACAAAGCCACCCCCGUCAAAGGCUGCCAGAUAUCCACCCUGGGCAAGGCCAUGGUCACCAUCUCCAAUACGGCAAAUCUGAGCGGCUGCGAAGGGUACAUCCCCAUGAAGACCAACAUCACGGUUUACCCCUGCAUCGCCAUGAGCCCCCGGAACCUCCAAGAGCCUGAGGCAUCCGUUGCCACCAUCAGCUCAGGCCCCAAAGCAGCCCAGUCCCAGGAGAGCAAGGAAACCAGCACCAAGAAAGAGAUGAAAUUUGAGGACCCCUGGCUAAAACGAGAAGAGGAGGGAGAAACAGAGAGUGCUUAUCCCAGGGAGGAAAGGAUGAGGUACGAGACCGCGGCCGGCCCCCCACAGCCUGAGGCCAGAGCAGAGGGGGAACAGGACAGGAAGGCCAGCCCCGGUGACAGGCUGAGCAGCAGCAGCGGUGAGGUGUCCGCCUCCCCCGUGGCCGACAGCUUCAGGAGGGUCGUGGAUGGCUGUGAGAUGGCACUGCCCAGCUUGGCUGCCCAGAGCCCCGUGCAUCCCAGCAAAAGCCUCAAGUCGAGCAGCCUGCCCAGGGCUUUUCAGAAAGCCAGCAGACAGGAGGAGCCGGACAGCCUCUUCUACCACUGCGCCGCCGAGACCAACGGGAUUGGUGCAGCUUUCGGCACCCAGCUCUCCAAGGCGACCCUGGAGAGGAAGGUGGCGUCACCCAAGCAUUGCGCCUUGGCUCGGCCCAAAGGGACCCCACCUCUGCCCCCUGUCCGGAAGUCCAGCUUGGACCAGAAGAACCGGGCCAGCCCCCAGCACAGUGCCUGCAGCAGCACCAGCAGCAGCCCCUUGAACCAGCCAGCGCCCUUCUCGGCCAGCUUCCCGGAUGAGCCCAGCGGCAAGGCGAAGGAUGCCAGCAGCAGCAGCAAGCUCUUCAGCGCCAAACUGGAGCAGCUGGCCAGCAGGACCAACUCUCUGGGCAGGACGACAGUCAGCCACUACGAAUGCCUCUCGCUGGAGAGGGCCGAGAGCCUGUCCUCCAUGAGCGCCCGGCUGCACGCGGGCAAGGACAGCACCAUGCCCCGCGCGGGGAGGAGCCCGGGCCGCAGCGCCGGGGCCUCGCCCACCACCCCGGGCCCCAGCCAGUCGGCGGGGGCCUCGCCCAAGGCCAGCCAGUCCAAGAUCUCGGCCGUGAGCAAGCUGCUCCUGGCCAGCCCCAAGGCGCGCAGCCUGGCCGCGUCCACCACCAAAACCCUGAGCUUCUCCACCAAGUCUCUGCCGCAGUCGGUGGGCCAGAGCUCCAGCCUGCCCCCGAGCGGGAAGCACAUGUCCUGGUCCACCCAGUCGCUCAGCCGCAGCCGGGGCGCGGGCCUGGCCUCCAAGCUGCCGCUGCGCGCGGUGAACGGGCGCAUCUCGGAGCUGCUGCAGGGCGGCGCGGGCGCCCGGGGCUUGCCGCUGCGCGCCGGGCCCGAGGCCGAGGAGCGCGGGGGCCCCGGCGACGACAAGCCGGCCGCCGCGCCCCUGCUGCCGUCGCCCUACAGCAAGGUGACGCCGCCGCGGAAGCCCCACCGCUGCAGCAGCGGCCACGGCAGCGACAACAGCAGCGUGCUGAGCGGGGAGCUGCCGCCGGCCAUGGGGAAGACGGCGCUCUUCUACCACAGCGGCGGCAGCAGCGGCUACGAGAGCAUGAUGCGCGACAGCGAGGCCACCGGCAGCGCGUCCUCCGCCCAGGACUCCAUGAGCGAGAACAGCAGCUCGCUCGGCGGCCGGGGCCGGAGCCUCAAGACCCCAAAGAAACGCUCCAACGCAGGCUCUCAGAGACGGAGGCUCAUCCCGGCGUUGUCCCUCGACACCCCCUCCCCUGUGAGGAAACCCGCCGGCGGCCCCGGGGUCCGCUGGGUGGACGGCCCCCUGCGCAGCACCCAGAGAGGCCUCGGGGAACCCUUCGAGAUUAAAGUCUAUGAAAUCGAUGACGUGGAGCGGCUGCAGCGGCGACGAGGGGGCAACAGCAAGGAGGUCAUGUGCUUCAACGCGAAACUGAAAAUUCUGGAGCACCGCCAGCAGAGAAUCGCCGAGGUCCGAGCCAAGUACGAGUGGCUGAUGAAGGAGCUGGAGAUGACCAAACAGUAUCUGAUGCUGGAUCCCAACAAAUGGCUCAGUGAAUUCGACCUGGAGCAAGUUCUGGAGCUGGACUCCCUCGAGUAUCUGGAAGCGCUGGAGUGCGUGACAGAGCGCCUGGAGAACCGUGUGAACUUCUGCAAGGCCCACCUCAUGAUGAUCACCUGCUUUGACAUCACCUCCAGGCGCCGGUGAAGAAGCCAGCCCGGCCCUCGCUCCCCGGGACUCACGGCCGGUCACGCUCCCGGGCCCUCGGUGCUGGCGGCGCUCAGAGACAACGGCAUGAGGAUGAAGGUUGGUGGCAAGUCUGGAGUGAGUGUUGAGGGGAAGGCGAUUUUCCUUUUUGUUUUCUGUAGGAAAGGUGCAAACACCAGACACGCGCGGGAAGAGGAAAGGAUGGGAAGCCCAAGGGAAGUGGAAGCCCCGAGAGACUGGAAAAGCACUUUGAGGAACUUUAAAGAACUUGUCUGUACAUAAGAACUGCUGGCAGACGAGACCUCACUCUUCUCCCGGUUUCGUGAGAAAGGGCGCGGGUGGACGCAGGAUUGCUGUUGACAGCGAAAACGAGACAACGAAUUACCCAGAAUGACUGAUCAAGUGCCUUGCAAAUCUUUAUUAUUAUCCAAACGUUUAUGUUCAUACUUUCUUGUGUACAGAUGGUGCUAGUCAAGAUGAAAACAACAAAACCAACAAAAAAGAAAAAUCAAACCUGUUUUUGAAAUGUAUUUACAGCUCGUUUUCUCUCAGUGUUUUAGCCUCUUUCUGACUUGCUGUUUCUGAGUAAGUUGUGUUUGUAGAGCUAUUUCCUAGUCAGUAUUGCAUAUGAAUAAAUGUUGACUGUCUUUUAUGGUUCUUCUGGUAAGGCCACUCAAACAGAACAGAGAGACUUCAUGGGCACAAGCCAGUGUGUUUCCAAAGAAGGCUGGAGCAGCAGGGGACGCUGGAUGCCGUUGACUGGGACGGUCGAUCACGGAGCAGGUGCAUGCGAGCUCGAGCGAGCGAGAGAGAAGGGGCUGCCUCUUUAAAGGAGGAAAGGAGCCUUUCUGCCCUGGGCCCUCCUUAUCCUUUGGGUGGAAUGUAUGUUCCAGAUACAGUUUCCCCUCCAAGUCCUGAUGCACGUACUGGUUCCUUUACCCACAAAUCCAGGGUUUUCAUGGCCCUCGAGACAUUUUUCAUAUUCGUUUUUAUUCCAAAGACUCUGGAUCGAAAGCUUGAACCAAUUCAGCAGAGCCAUAUUUCUUUGUUCUCUAGUUUCGCGAGUUGAUUAGUGCAGGGGCGGUUUCCCAGUUUAGAGACCUUCUCAGCCUGGUAGGUGCUCAGACUCCAACAGUACUGAUCUAGAACAAGAAAGGAUGUUGGGCUUGCACAACUUUUCUGUUGUCCAGAGUGCUGCUUAAAUGUAACAAGUUUCAGUUCUCCCAUGUCCCAAAGCCUCCAUCCCAAGAGACGACCAGACUUGUCCUCUCAACCUGGGCACCUGAAGGCAGAGAAAGGCUUCCCGUCAUACACCACACACCCCUGGUGAGGCGGAGCACCGAGUUUCAUGCAUGUGGAUGUACAGGUCUUGGCUCCCGGGAACUUGGGACCUCAUGCUCACAUUAAGAUGUUCAUCCCUGCCACACUUCCCUUAGGGAUUGUUAGACCUGUUGUACUGAUAGAAACCCAAGGCACAAGUGGUCAAGGGAUUGUCUGACGACAGCUGUGGAGCAGCAGGGGCGUCCUCCUGCCUCCAGCUCACUGCCCUCUCCCAGGGCCCCUGCAGCCUGCCGGGGGACGGAGGUGCUCAGGGUUUUAUAGAGUUCUGUUCGUUUUUGCCCUCACAUGCAGCAUAUCUUCAUGAGCCUAUUUCCAGGAGAGGCAGUGCCCGCUAACCAACUCCUCUGCCCCAGCUGCUCCCCAAGGAAAAAGAACCUUUGCAUUUCUUUGUCAGUGCUCCUCUGGACACGUUACCCAGCACAGGUGGCUCAAGAGCCAGCGACGCUCAGCUGAACUCAGUAAACAGGAACCGAAGUCCCACGAGCUUCACAGUACCCGAACCUUUACUGGUCAGGACAGGCACAGGUGGCCCGUUAACUGUUUGGGAAGUCAGCCCCAUACAGCUGUGAAUGGGUGUGUUUAAUAGCAACAUUAUGGAAGCUUCUGGACUUCAAGGGAUGCCAGUCUUUUGAGUUUGUUUGAGUUUUCCAUUUGGCAUCCCUUUGGGUUGCUGGUUUGAAAUAUACCACUUCAUGAAAAGCCUUUAAUUUGGGGAUUGUCAAAGGUGAGUAUUCUAGUCUUGGUUGGAAACAAAUUCACUUGAUUAGUAAGCAGUGGACUUAGCUUUUGCCCCUGGCAUAUCUCCCCCAGCCCUGAGGUCACCAUGCUGAGCUGACUUCCUCAGCAGGCCAGCGAUGGGGCCCUGGUGCCUUUCCUGCAGUGACACUAAGUGGAAACAGCUACAGAGAUUUAACAUCUCCAUCCGAGGGGAGUGGCCUCCUGCCUAAACCUCCAUUUAUACAUUUGUAGCAACUUUAUGUGAUAGCAAAAGGGUUGAAUGAAACCAAGAGCUAUCUGACCAAGUCAGAUUGGCUUCCCCAGAUGCCACACCCUGGAACAUCUCACAGGAUCCUCUCCGCCACGGGGUUGGAGAACAACUUUGCAUGAGGUUGUCCAUUCUGGCUUUUCCUUUUUUUUAACCUAAGUAAGCGGAAAACAUCUUAAUGUACCAAGUAUUGAUUACCCAUGUGGAGAAAUCAUGAAUUUUAUGCUAUCACGUGCUUGUUCCUGGUUCUAGCUGGGUGUUGACUCUACAGAUGAUGAUCCUUAGGCAAAGAGGAAAGCAGGUCUGGCCAACCAUUCUGAAGCAGUCCCAUAACUGAAGAAUGCCUCAUUCAGUGACCAGAUGGGAGGUAGUUCCAGGUCUCUUUUUGGUGUUAGCGAUAUAACCCAAGAAGGCAAAGGGAAUGUCAAAGAACCCAUUUCCAUUUCAUUAUCCACAAGUGAAAGGACCAGGAAAAUGUUGAUUUGAAAUGAACAUUUAGACAGGAAGCCUUAAUUCCUUGUCUGAAAUCUGCUCCCUCUCCAAAUAGUUUAGUGUGAGGAAGCAGCAGAACAAAACUCAGAUCGAAAAAAGGGAAAGUGAUAUUGUUUCCCCGGGAGUAAAUCCAUAUUGCAUUUCAUGAUGGUGUUUUCCUGCUGUGAAGGAGCGAGUUUGCUUUAUCCCGGGCUUUCAGUCCCCACCUGGGAGCUGCAACCUUUGAUCUUCUUGUCCUUGAAUUCCCCUCUACAUCACCGGGGGGGAAGUUGUCGCUAACUUUCAUCUCUUCUGGGUUUGAAGUCGGAACACCUCGUCUGUUGUUUUAUCUCCAACUGCUAUUCUGAAGAUGGGGAACUAGAGGUGCAAAUGCCGAGGUUGGCCCUGUGUUGACACAGGUGGGAUGUACAGGGGACGCCAAGCUGAGGAGGGGAUAGAAGCUGGAAUAAACAGCCAUGCAGCCCAGCAUGGGGAACUGGCCAGGCAGGAAUCCAGCCCAGUUUGUGAUCAAUUAGCCUUAAGCUUGAAGUCUGUGUUCCUGGAAGGUGGCAGUGACUUCAUGUGGCCACAAAUACCAUCCAGGGUGGUGGUUCAAAAAGUGUGACGCACACAUAUACUUCUUCUUGUGCUGGUUCUCAGAUUUCCGUUCGUGUUGAGCAAGAAGCCCUUCUUCAGGCGUCAGGUUCUAAUGCUGCUCCUGCAUUUGAGUUAAUCCAUUAGCCUUUAUCCCAGGUGUUACUCUGUGCAAGCAGCUGUCUGACCUGGGCUUCUUGGGACUGAAGGCAAGAGCCCAUCCAUUUGUCAGCCUGGUCCUACACACAGUUGCCCAGUCAUCGGCCACUGCUGAUCUGUAAUUGGGGCUUCCAAACUGACGAUGGAGUGAAUGUUUUUAAGUUCCUUAUUCCAAAAACGAUUUUAGGCUGUAAAAGAAAUGACUAAAGAUGAGUUAACUUCAAAAUUGGAACCAGAAGAACUGACAGAUUUACUCAUUGUUCUCUCCCACUGGAGUAUUAGUCUGCUCUUUGAGCAUAUACUAAAGAUUUCCUCAUUUUAGAGGCAAUGUAUUUGAAACCCUGAAACAGGACACAUUGAGAGUCCUGUUCACAACUAGCUGAUGCUGAGUAAACGUCCAUUCCCACCGUCCCUGGAGCCUGCCUGCUGCUGCCUGGCAGUGCGGCCCAGCCUUCCACAGCAGAGGGGUGCUCUUCAACACUGCAUACAUGAGACGUGACUGCCCCAAGAAAGGCCAGUGCAGCCCACUUUUUCUGGGCCAAAUGUCACUGCCAGCACAAUCUUUUCGGGGGAAGGAGGGACAGGUGGUAGAAAUUUAGUGUUCCUUUGGAUUGCAAUAUCUCUUUCUCCUCCUCCAGCAAAUAUCUGUCAACAUUUGUGGGUAAAAGCUCAUAAACUGUGUCACUUCGUAAUCUUUCUGACAAAAAUACAUAUUAUUUUUUAUGACAAACUGUUCAUUAUUUCCAGAUAAAAGCAUAAUUCCAAUCCAGGAGAAGCUCUUGUAACUCAAGCUCAUCUUCUCAAAAAGGUUUUAUGAAAAUUCUUAGAAGCUAGUUUACCCAUCCGUAAACACACACAUUCUGCUUUGGGGUGGGCCUACUCAGAACCGAGAUGAUGUCAUAAUAUUGGGUGCAGAGUGGUGCCUCAGGUGGUGUGAAGCCUUCACUGCAUACAAUUAAUAUUCUCUAAACAUAGUUGUUCCCAAUGUCCACGUGUGUAGCGUUAGUGUUGAAAUUCUGGCACUCACACAUCUAUUCGAUGUAGACACUGAAAUUACCUUCAAAAUUAAAAAGGCUCAUUGCUGCAUUCCCCAUCCUGCUAACCAACAUCCUACAUUGUCAUAUUCAAUUUAUGAAGAAGUUCUCAUUUAUGUGUCAACUCAGGAUGUUGUCUCAUAGCGUCGCUUGUGUUUUAUAAUUUAUUUAUACAUCAUGGUUAGAAAUGCUAACCAGCACUAUGCAGCGAGGCUUGGUGGAUCGGCCUGUGGCUGUUCUUGUCCCCUCCCUCUGGCGAGGUGUGUUAGUGGAGAUGUGGGCAGGGGGAGGGGAGGAAAGAUAAAUAAAUCAGGAGAACAGGGAUUAGGGUCCAAUCCUGCAAGUUCAAAAUCUAAGCUGUUUCUAUAGUAAGUGGCUAAAGGGGAAAAGAUCCCUUCAUUUUGAAUUUGAUGAUGAUGGGCUUGGAAAUCAGCUUCCGCACGCCUGGAUGGAAGGGGAUCCGGCCUCUUCUGCUGGUUCAACAUGAAAUUUCUGAGAAAAGUGCAGACAGUACUAGGUUCCUACAUUUCCCUAAGAUCCCCCACCCACCCACGCCCAGUGCUACAGAAGGGGGUUUGGAGAAGCAAGUCGAGUUCCUCACCUGGGAGAUAUAUAUAUAGUAGCUGUUUUUGUGGAGAAACCAAAGCACUUUAGUGAGUCUUACAACCCAUAAUACUUAAGGCAUCUUGUCUCCUCGCUGGAUCCCUGAGAGGCAGGGAGGGGCUGGCAUCAGUAGUCUCAUUUGAGAGGCAGCUAAACGUAGGAGAAAAAGCCUUGAGCUCGGAGUAAGGAAAUCGGGGUGCAGGCCUGGGUCCUCACUCGCUAUGCAACCUUGGGCAAGUCACUUCACUUUGCUGGGCCUCAGGCUCCCCAAUGGCAGUUUGGGGGUCAAGACAGCUGCCCCUCUGGGAAUAGUGUAAAGAGAAAAUGGUAUAAUCGAUGGGAAGUGCUUUGAAGAAAUUUAAGCUCUGUACAGGAGCUGGGGAUAAUGAAUUAUAGAUGGAGAAGCUGACGUCAAUAGUCAAUGAUUGGCCCAAGUUCACAGAGUCGUUUUAUAACAGAACUGGGACUUGAGUCCAGCAUCUUGGACUCUUCCCAUGAGGUGCCGCGGCACCAGGUGUGUGUAUAGGUGAACACACGUCACACCUGUGUACUGACACGUGUGUGCAUGGGGGCGUAUAUGGAUGCAUGUGUACAGGAGGUAUGUGACAUGGUGGAGUUGCAUAGGACAGAAAACCUGAGUUCUAAUUCCAGUUGUGACCAUAGUCCUAUGGCCUUGGAUAUAUUCCCUAACUUCUCUGGAACUCAGUUUUCUAAUCUGUAAAGUGAGGACAUUGUGCUAAAUCAUCUUUGUGGUUUCUUCAGCUCUAGUCUUGUAUGUAUGUAUAUAUAAAUAUGCUUAUCUGUAGAAAUGGGCCCAUUUGAGAAUUGGAGGACAGUCCUGCUCAAGUGCGUUUAUUGUGUCGGAAACAGCGAUUCACAAACGAGUUCACAAAAUCCUGUUUUAAAAUUCAGUGGUAGUAUUCAAUGUCAUUGUUAUUUUAAAUUCACUGUUUAACUGAAUAAAAGAUUGGUGCCAUUUUAAAAAUUAAGUUCUUAGCUUACAAGUGUUUGCUGUUACAAUUUUUUAAUAAAGUUCAUAUGUUAAAGUCAGAAAUUCAACUAUUCUGUACUUGGGCAGGUGCCAACAGCCUAUUUGCAUACAGGCUGGGUUUUGUGUAUGGGCCUUGACGUAGCUAGGUCAAAGUUAGCUGUUGGCUUGGUCAUGAUAAAUAUAAGCAGGGUGUACCUGGAGAACAGUCUGGAAGAGGUGGUUAUAGUUGUCACAAACUGGUGACAUGAAUCCAUUAAGCUGUGUGCCAUUUCCAGUGUGAAGACAUUGUUAGCUGGCUACGAUCUCUGACUUUUUGUGGCAUAUGAGGUGUAAAACGUUGUCAAAAAAGAAUCUGGUGUUUAAAAAGAAUCAAACUAUGGUGGCAUUAAAUGUUCACU